GCGAUCCCCUUUGUCAGUUCCCACCGGAAAUUUCUCCGCUCGCCGCUCGCUUCUCGUGGCCGCCGCCGCCGCCGUCUGCGCCAUGCUCCGCCUCCUGAAGAGCAUCCUCACCCAACAGCUCUCCUCCCCCUCCGCCUCCACCAUACCCCCUUUCUUCUCCCUCCGCCUCCUCUCAACCGCGGUGCCCCAAGUUCUUGCAAACCCCGGCGCCGGCGGCUUCGCUGUCCAAGACUACCUCGUCGCCACCUGCGGCCUGACCCGAGCGCGAGCGCUCAAGGCGUCCACGAGACUCUCCCACCUCAACUCCCCCACCAAACCCGACGCCAUCCUCGCCUUCCUCGCCGGCCUGGGCUUCUCCAGGGCCGACGUCGCCGCCGCCGUGGCGAGGAACCCCAGUUUACUCUGCACCAAAGUGGAGGGGACCCUCUCCCCCAUCGUCGCCGGGCUCACCGGCCUCGGCCUGUCGCACUCCGAGAUCGCGCGCCUCGCCUCGCUCACCGACUACUGCCUCCGCACCAAAUCCGUGGUGGGCAAGCUGCGCUACUACCACCAGCUCUUCGGCUCCUCCGACAAGCUCCUCCGGGUGCUCAAGGUCAGCCCACGCCUUCUCUCCUCGAGCGUCGGGACGGUGGUCGAGCCCAACGUCGCGUUCCUGCGGGAGUGCGGGGUAGAUGUUCGACAUAUUGCCUCGCUGUGCGUCAAUGUGCCGAGGCUUCUGACCACCAACCCCGAGCGCGUCCGGGCGAUGGCAGCGUGCGCCGAAGCUGUAGGCGUGCCCCGCGGCUCCGGGAUGUUUAGGGAAGCGCUGCAGGCUGUCGCGUUCCUCAGCGAGGAGGAGAUCGCCGCCAAACUGGACUACUUGAAGAGCACGUUCAGGUGGUCCGAUGCCGAGGUGCGCAUUGCUCUGUCUAGGUAUCCAUCAUUGGUGAGGAGAUCAAAGGGCAUGCUCCUGCGUAAGUCCGAGUUCCUUAUCUCUGAGGUGGGGUUGGAACCGGCCUACAUAGCUCGUCUGCCGGUAAUGCUCUGUCUUAGCCUGGAAGGCCGGCUCAGGCCCAGGUACGAUGUUGUAAUGUUUCUAAUGGCAAAUGGAUUGCUCAAGCGCGUCCCCAAGUACUAUCCAGUCUUCAAGGCAACCGAGAAGGCAUUCUUUGAGGCGUAUAUAUGCCCUCAUAAGGAAGCUGCGCCGCACCUCGCUGAGUACUAUGCCACAGCUUGCCGAGGGGAAGUGCCCACUGGAUUCACAUUGACAGGAACCAAGAAUGGGCUAUGAAAAUUGGGACUGCGUAUGGCACAACCAAAAUUUCUCUCCGUGUGGUUGCAAAGAUUUAUGUUAACUCGGCGUAAAAAAAGAUGAUGUCGAGCAAAGUUCAAAGUUCAAAGUUCUGUACCUGUUGAGAUGAUGUCGAGCAACAACAAGUUGGGUCAGAUUCAACAAUACGCUAGGUGCCUUUACCUUGCUGGGAAUGUUGCAUUAGGCUUUAAUUCAACAAUAUCUAAUCUUUUUGAGGCGGUCAAUGGACAGAAAAUCGGGAAAAAAGAAAGAAACGAGGCACAUCAUGCAUUUACGAGCAUGACGGCAGUGUGUUUUAUGAUACAAGUGUAACUGCAAGAUGAUGCCUGUUGAUUUCUGAAAGCAUGCACCGCCGCGAUGCUCUAUGUCAGAUGCACCUUGCUGAAACCCUGCAAUACCUGUUCUAUUUUGAAUUUUAAGAGGCAGAAGUGUGUGAUCAGCACAGUGCAGAUCAAUGUCUUGAAUGAAUCUGCCAUGCUG